UCAGCCGUCAAAGCUAUAAUUGGGAAAGAACACCUCAUCAACUCACAGACCCACAGGCAAAAUUUUCGAUUGCGUAUUCGAAAUCUAUCAUCUGUUGGAAUUUCUCAGUCCCACUCUGUCUUAGAAAGCUUCUCAAAGUUUUCGAUCUUUCUCUCUCUCUCUCUCUUCCUUUUUUGUUCUACUGGGGAAUUUGGAACUUGUCUGAUCUUUUGUACUUUGAAUCUACUACUGAAUUUCAUGAAAUCUGAGCUGAAUCUUUGGGUGAUUUUAGAUCGGGAGUUGGAAGUUAAGGAGUGGACUGGGAAGUGAUUGGGUCUUUGAUUUGGUGGCGAAUUGCUGAGGAGGAGGGUGAUUUUGUGUUUCAAAUAUCUGAAUAUUAGGGUUUUCUUGUGUUGUCGCUGUGGAAACCUAGUUAAAUGCAGAGGCCCACGACGAGGUCUCUGGAGAGAUCCAACACUAUGAACAGGGAGAAACGAGGGUUGGAUCCGAAUGAUGCAGAAGAAGGACAGCCGCAGAAGAAGCGGCCUGCGCUUGCUAGUGUAAUUGUUGAGGCACUCAAGGUGGAUAGCCUGCAGAAGCUUUGCUCAUCAUUGGAGCCUAUUCUUCGUAAAGUUGUUAGUGAAGAAGUGGAGCGUGCACUGGCAAAAUUAGGGCCUGCUAGGCUCAACGGGAGGGCUUCUCCAAAAACAAUAGAAGGGCCUGAUGGAAGAAACUUGCAGCUGCACUUCAGGUCUAGGUUGUCCCUUCCCCUCUUUACAGGAGGAAAAGUAGAAGGGGAGCAGGGUGCUGCAAUCCAUAUUGUCUUGAUUGAUGCAAACACAAACCUUGUGGUAACAUCAGGGCCCGAGUCCUUGGCCAAAUUAGAUGUUGUUGUGCUUGAAGGUGAUUUCAACAAUGAAGAUGAUGAUGGUUGGACACAAGAGGACUUUGAAAGCCAUGUGGUGAAAGAGCGUGAGGGGAAGAGGCCGCUUCUGACUGGGGACUUACAAGUAACACUGAAAGAAGGUGUAGGAACCCUUGGAGACCUCACAUUUACGGAUAACUCUAGCUGGAUAAGGAGCAGAAAGUUCAGGCUAGGUGUAAAGGUUGCCUCAGGCUACUGUGAGGGAAUUCAUAUUCGUGAGGCUAAAACAGAGGCAUUUACUGUUAAGGAUCAUAGGGGGGAAUUAUACAAGAAGCACUAUCCACCUGCGUUAAAUGAUGAGGUGUGGAGAUUGGAGAAGAUUGGCAAGGAUGGAUCAUUCCACAAGAGGUUGAAUAAGGCUGGAAUACACAAAGUUGAGGACUUCCUUCGGCUUGUUGUGAGAGACCAACAGAAAUUGCGGAAUAUCCUUGGGGGUGGCAUGUCAAAUAAGAUGUGGGAGGUUCUUGUAGAACAUGCGAAGACUUGCGGUCUUAGUGGGAAACUUUAUGUCUAUUAUUCUGACAGCACAAGGAAUGUUGGUGUUGUUUUUAACAAUAUAUAUGAGCUGAGUGGACUUAUUGCCAGUGGACAGUAUUAUCCUGCGGAUUCUCUUUCUGACAGUCAGAAGGUCUAUGUGGAUACCUUGGUGAAGAAGGCAUAUGACAAUUGGUCGCAUGUUAUAGAGUAUGACAGCAAAGCACUUCUAGGAUUUAAGCAGAACAGAAGAUCGACUCGAAGUGAACUUCCAAUGGGCUCAGCAGAUUAUGGCAUCUCAUUUGAUCAGCAACCCUCUCUUCCCCAUCUACCUGCUCCUUCAGAGCAGUCUUCAAUGGAUACUGGCAUGGCUGUCAUGGGGUAUAAUGAUAAUCUGGCUACUCGUUACCCCACACAGCCGCAGCAAUUAAACUCCAAUGCCCAUAUCCAGUUUGAUGCCACUGCAUUUGCUCCACAGAACCAGAUGAUUGAAGUUCCAAACCAGGCCGAAAUGGUGAGAAAUAAUAACAAUGUUGGACUGGCCCUGGGGCCACCACAGUCAUCACCAACAGGUUUCCAGAAUGUUGGCCCAUCUGUCCAGGCGACUAAUCUUACUUAUGAUGACUGGCCACGUAACCGCGAUAAUAGAGGAGUUGAUGAAUUCUUCUCAGAGGAAGAAAUCCGCAUGAGAAGUCAUGAGAUGCUUGAGAAUGAAGACAUGCAGCAUCUGCUUCGAGUCUUCAGCAUGGGAGGCCAUAAUGUAACUGAAGAUGUGUACCCUUAUUCUUCAUUCAAUAUACCACCAUCCCCAUCACCAUCUCCUUCACCAAACUACGGUUAUGAUGAGGCUCGGUCCCGUUCAUCUGGCAGAGCUGUUGUAGGAUGGCUCAAGCUCAAGGCAGCCCUGAGGUGGGGUAUUUUUAUCAGGAAGAAAGCAGCAGAGAGGCGUGCACAGCUUGUUGAGUUGGACGAUUAGUGUUCAAGGAAAUCAUGUUUGAGGGCAAGCUGCCGGUGGUGGGGUUUCCUUUCUUAUAUUCCUGGAUUUCUGAGAGUUGGGAUGCUUAUCAGAUGACCUGGAAUAUUUGCUUGUACAGUUCUCCUGUACAUUAUGUUUGUUUCUGUUUACUACGCUUUAAUUCAUUAUAUGAUUUCUCUCUGCUCUCUCUGGUUUUUUAGAAUCUCCCGCUAUUAGGCUUUGGGGGGAGAAGGGGCUGGAGAGGGUUUCAGUGCUUAGAUGUUCCUUCUGUGACCCAUAACACUUAUGUAUUAUUGACCUUGUUAUGCUAAGUUAAUCUCGUUUCUGAUAUUAA